AUGACUAACAAACCAAUUGCUCCUCAAAAUUCUCAGACACCAGAAGAUUCAACAGAACGGUUCGAUCCACAGUCGAUCAGUUUACGAGCUCAAAAAAAGUUGGUUGGAAGUUUACCAAAAGGGAUUAUUAAAUUAUUUCUUGAUGAUUCAUCGGCUCGUUUAUUUGAAAAUAUAUUUAGUUUGAUCAAACAAUAUACAGGUAAUAAUAAACUAGCUGCUUAUCUAACAAAGCAGGCAAUUAAAUUAAAUGUCAAAGCCUUAAUUUUAAUAUCAAAUGACAUACUAUCAGACGAACAGUUGAACCAUGCUUAUGAAUUUCAUGAGAAAUGUCAUCAAAUAGCUGAGAUCGCAUUGCGCUUAGGUCGACCCAAGCGUCGUCUAAUGCCGGGUGUUGAACCGUCAAUUGAUAAAUUGAUACAAACAAUGAAAGAGGCUAACCAAACGUUAAUAGAAGCCGUUAAGCACCAUAUUAGUCAACAAUCACAAGACAAGUUUAAAGAAUUUUCGGACUUUUUCUGUCAUCGUGAAUUUGUUGUUGAAGUGUUUACUAAUAAAGUGAAAUAUUCAACGCAUAUGGAAAAAAUCUAUGAUGACCUCGAAGAUAUGAUGGACCGUGGCUUAUUUUGAUUUUAUUCUCCAACGCAGGAAAGGAAUAUAACAAGUCAUAUGUAUGAUCUAAUUGUUUGGAAUGCUGCUGUGCAAAAUAUAUUGUGUAAGCUCGUCGGCAAUGAAAGAUUUAUGGCCAAUGUUAUGAAUUCAUUAUUGAGUAAACUGUCAUUAAAUAUUUAUUCACAUUCCGUAACUUCACCUAAUUCUUAACUAG